AUGAUGCAUCCUUUCAGGUAAGUUUUAUGCUUCACUGUAUGUCUUAUGAAGGGGUACCGUUCUUUUCCGAGGUUGUGAGAUAAGAGCGUUACGGAUAAACCUGGUUGUUGCAUCCCUAAUUUGGUUUAGAUUCCGGUGUUUUAUUUAUAAACGCCCAAAAGGCAAAAGUUAAAGUCAUUUUUGCCAGAAAAACCCUCCCUCGUGGCCGUUUUAAAACAAUAGGAGCAGUACUUUUCAAGGAAGAAAGCGGAAUCAGCACGGUAUUCUAAGGGAUGGCUUUUCUCUUCAGGAAUCUUCGAAGUCAUUUGCAAAAAUGGAUUCAACUGGACAACAAAUGUUCGGAGUCUGAGUAUCCUAACGCCAAGUCCAGUUCCUUCUUUCUUUCCUUCAAAAGGAAGGACUUAUCUGUUUCUGAUGCGACCCAAUUAUGCACCCCUACUUCCGGCCGCUCUGUGAGUUUUGAGGACGCAGUAACAUGGCCUUUUAUCGAUGAUGAUAUUCCAAUAUGA